UUGUGUUGAACAUCUAAACGGUAAAUACUCCAGAGUAAUUUAAAUUUUAUUAAGUUUAAAUUUAAUAUUCAUUUAAAGAAUAUACUCUUCACUGUGUAUUAAAAUGUAUGUUGCUAGUAUCGUGUUCAAAUUUUGACCGGCUCAUUUCCUUCUAGUUGAUGAAUUAUAUAAAUAUCAAGAGCACAAAACUUGAGCACUAUGGAUGAAAUGAAGAAAUCAAUUCUUGCACCAAGCAGCAACAGGCGAGUAAAUAAUGGUUGCCGCACAAGACGAUCCCUUACUACUUCGGAGUCCCACGCAUACAGAGUAGAUUCCAGAACCUCCUCCAGUAGCCAUCUUGCGACGGGUGCCCGUUUAAGAUGUCUUAAAUAUACGAGUUUAGUCAUAUUAACGGUCCAGAAUGCCAUACUGGGGCUCAGUAUGCGAUAUGCCCGCACUCGGGAUGUGGAGAUGUUCUCAUCCGCAGCUGCUGUACUUUUAGCCGAGUUAGUAAAGUUUAUAAUCUGCACUGUUCUUGUGAUACACGAGUCAGGCAGUGUCAGAGGAGGCGCCCACUCAAUAUAUGCCACAGUGAUAUUAAACCUGGAAGACACGCUGCGAGUCUGUGUCCCAUCCUUCUUGUACAUAGUACAGAAUAAUCUACUUUACGUCUCAGCGUCCAACUUAGAUGCCGCCACAUACCAGGUCACAUAUCAGUUAAAGAUUUUGACAACAGCAUUUUUUGCUGUAGUUGUAUUGAAACGGGCCUUGAAAAGAUGGCAGUGGUGUGCUUUGGCGUUACUGGCCACUGGCAUAGCGCUGGUCCAACUUUCGUCUGACACUGGAUCGAGAAAAGUAGCAUCUACGCACUUACCAGAGCAAUCCAGGAUUCUAGGAUUCGGUGCUGCUUUAGCAGCUUGUUUUAUAUCAGGAUUCGCUGGUAUCUAUUUUGAGAAAGUCUUGAAAGAAUCGGAUAUAUCUGUCUGGAUGAGAAACGUACAGCUAAGUUUGCUAUCGCUACCAUUCGGGACAAUAACUUAUCUCCUGAACGAAGGCUCAUUGAGCCACCUGCUCCGAGGUUUCGACGGAUUCGUCUGGUAUUUAGUCAUAUUGCAAGCCGCGGGCGGGCUCAUAGUCGCCGUGGUUGUCAAAUACGCUGACAACAUAUUGAAAGGGUUCGCUACUUCCGUGGCCAUAAUAAUAUCCUGUGUAGCAUCUAUGUACAUAUUUGAUUUCCAUUUGACUUUACAGUUUACUAUUGGUACUGUAUUAGUUAUUGCGUCUAUAUUCCUUUACGGUUAUGUACCCAAGAAGAAAGUCGAAGCUAGGACAUCGCUUAGUGUCUAAAAUUGAAAACCUAAAGUGCGUAACGUUAUUUAAUAGCUCGGAAGUCGAAGGUAUAACAUAACCUUUGUGUUAAGAAAUUAAUUCUGAAAAUUAGUAAUAAAUGCCAUUAUUUAAUUUUUACUUAAUUAUUACAGUACAUCGUAAGUUUAACUUUAUUUCUUGUAUUUUUAUGUAUAUUAGUAUGAAAACAGGUAUUUACGAGAUUAGGGCUAUGUAUGUAUGUCUAUAACGAUGUGUCUAUGUCUCAUUUCGUACAGGACCAGCAUAUUCGACUAAUAAAUGUUAGACGAUUCUCAAGGAAAUAGUUAUUUGUUUUACAAGGGGGCAAAGUUGUUGUUUAACCGCACGUGCCAAUAUUAAUACCCGAGCAAGCGAAAGAUUCCAAUGUUAGAAUAGAAUAGAAUAUAAUAACAUUUAUUC